UUGUGAGCUCACCUGUGUUAGGCUUAUCUAUUUAGGUUGGUGGACUCUACAAUUAGGCUCACCAAAAUAGCUAUUUUGGUAAAAAAAAAUUGGUGCUUCAAUUUCACUGUCUAAUACAAAAUUCGUAUACGUGAUCCUUCCCCAGUUAGACCUGCCGGUGAGGUGGGUCUAUUAAAUCACAUGGCCUAUUAUCUUCAACCUUUUUCUCUCUAUAAAUGGUAGCCAAAGUUUAAUAGAUCAAAACUGAAAACUUGCGAGAAAGACAGAGAGAGGGAGAGGGAAGAGAUGGCAGAAUUGUUCAUUAAGCAGGCGGAGAAUUACGCGGAGGGCCGGCCAUGUUACCCUCUAGAAUUGUUUGAAUUCAUUGCUUCCAAGACACCCUCUCAAGACCUUGCGUGGGACGUCGGCACUGGAAACGGUCAGGCUGCUCAAUCUCUAGCUGGGAUCUACAAGAAUGUGAUAGCCACAGAUACAAGCCCAAAGCAGCUGUCUUUUGCUCCAAAGCUACCCAAUAUAACAUACCAGCAAAUCCCUCCCACCAUGUCUAUAGCCGAGCUUGAAAGCAAAGUUGCUUCUCAAUCAAGCGUGGAUGUUGUGACAAUUGCUCAGGCCUUCCACUGGUUCGAUCUCCCUAAUUUCUACCAACAAGUGAAAUGGGUACUCAAAAAAUCUCAUGCUGCAUGGUGCUACACCGUGCCAGAAGUCAAUGACUCGGUCGACUCAGUCUUCAAACCCUUUUAUGGUAUUACUGUAGAACCCUAUUGGUCACCGGCGCGUAAAUUAGUGGACGACAAGUAUAGGAGCAUCCAUUUUCCGUUUGAGCCGGUGGAUGGAGUUGAUCACACUGGGCCAUGUCAGUUUGUAGCUGAAAAAUUGAUGGAUUUAGAUCAUUAUUUUAUUUACUUAAGAUAGUGGUCAGCAUAUCAAACAGCGAAGGAGAAGGGUGUGGAGCUUUUGAGCGAUGAUGUGGUUGAGGAUUUUAAGCGUGCUUGGAAUGAAGAUGGAAAAGAGCAAAAGGUUGUGAAGUUUCCUAUUUAUCUGAGGAUUGGAAGAGUGGGGAAUAUGUAAAAUUAAAAGACUAGCUUGAUCGAUCAUCCGUGGCUUGGCUUAUUUUAUAGGAAUUUCAAUAAAACCAUUUUUGUGCCAAUGGAUUGAUGAAUCCA